UUAUUUUUGUUGUCAAUACACAUACAAAUACAUGAAAAUAAGAUUGCAGUAGUGUGUACUUUAGAAAAGGAUGAAGUAGAAAAAUUUUGAGUCAUUGUGCUUAAUUGAAAAUUUUCAACGAUUUAAUAAUUAAUAAUAUUUAAUCGAUUAACGCGAGUGAUUUUCGAUCAAUUUGAGUACGCGUAGUGUUUUUCAAAAAUAUCACGAGGUAAAAUUUGUAAUCGGAGUAUGUAUUUUCAUUUAGUUUGUAAAAGUGUGCAAGUUUUUUAUUCGAGCCUUAUGCCUACAUUAUAUGGUAUUAAGUUAAGUAAUUGACGAAUGGUGAAAUUUUUUGAAAAUUGCCAAAAUAGUUUCGGCCUAUCGUAUUCGAAUUCGAAUGCAUAAUUUUGAUUAGACGUUCGCGAUGUUCGACUCGUAAUUGUUUCGAAUAAUACCUAAUCGAAAUGGAACAGGAUUAUAAAUUAAUUGGUGCCCCUUGCGCGAUGCGAGGGCCGUACACAUUUUAUAAAGCGUUCAAGUACACAAAGAACGGUGUCACGAAUAUUUUAACAAUCAACGAGUUUUUCUUCGUCAAAUUGUGGAACGAUUCGGAUUUUAUCAGCAUCGGUGAAUUGAGAUUAUUAUGGGAGGAUCAAAGUUGCGAUAAAGCUUUGGCCAGUUUACGAUUAUACAUUUUACCAGAAAAUACACCCGACGGAAGAGUGGGUGAUGUUCACGGAGAGGAUGAAGUAUUGGCGAUAACUGAAAAGGUGAUAAUUAAAUUAGAAGACUUAUUAACUUGGAUCACAGAUGCUUCGGAUUGGCAUUGGGGUCUGUCGUCGGUAUGGACCAAGCAAACCGCUGCCGCUGCCGCUGCCACUACCUCUACCUCUACCUCUGCGGUCUCUGCGGAUUGUGUGAAAACCGAAGAACGCGUCUGUGAGCCCGAUGGCGCUGCUACGGCUCCGACUCCGACUCCGCAUGAUCGCAAAGUCAACGGAUCUCUCAAAGAAAUCGAAUGCCACCGAGCAAAUUCCGCUUCUGCCACGCAAAAUAAAUGCAGUUCUUUAGAAGAUUGUUCGGCCAUCGAUUACUCGGACGUAUUAAAAGAGAAAUCCCAACUUGAUUUCACAAAUUGGGAAACUCGGACUGGUGUUUUAGUUCUAAGCUAUUCGAGGUAUUGUCGUUACCGUGCCUUGCUCAGACGUCUAGAGGGCUCACGCCACGACUGGCUUAGAGAUGAUCUGAUAGCAGCCCUAGGAGGCUUCACCACCACUUAUCGUACCACUAAGAUAUUAUUUUGUCGCGAUACGUUCGACUAUCCGGAGCUGGAAGGCCACGAAUUAUUAUGUAAUCAUUUAGCUCCGAAAUUGAGAAGCCGUAUUCCGAAAAAGAAGAAAACUUUGUACCCGUCUCCGGAUGUUUCGGAAUCGGACGCGUCUUCCGAUUACGGUACAGAAGACGACGAAAGAUCGUCGUCCGCCUCGUCGUGUUCAUCGUCCGCCAAUUCAAAUAACAGCCUCGCCAAUCGAUUUGCUUCCAAUUUCGAGCAGACUGGUGCGAAACGACCUGAUUAUAAGAAAUUGCCGCAUAAUAACCAGGUAUCGACGGCCCGACAAGCAUUUACUCAAAAUUUAUACGCUUUUAUGAAAGCUCGACUUACUCCGAUCGGUAAAUUACCUAUGAUUGGUAACAAAGAAUUAAAUUUAUACGAAUUUUAUCACAAAGUCAAGUUACUAGGAAAUUACGCAUCCGUGACGAAUAAUAAAUUAUGGAAGUACGUUUUCGAAGAAUUAGGCGGCGAUCGAGGCGAUCCUUCGAUGGCAACGUUGACGCGAAAAUAUUACGAAAAAUUUCUAUUACCCUACGAGCAACAUAUGUUACAACAGCUGAAGCAUUCGUCGAUCAAUCAGUCGACUAGCGUCGUUCCCGGUAGUGGCUCAAUUAUCAAAUCUCAGUGUUUACCGUCGACGCUGAACGCCGACUACCGAUACCAAGCGGAUAGAAGAAAAGUAGUAACCACAGUUAGGCCGGUUCCAGGCGGCGUCCGAUUAGCGGAUAGUAAAUCGACGGCUGCUGCGAUGGCGGCCGCAGCAACGUCCGCAAUGCAGAUGCUAAUGAUGAAGUCGUCGUCGCCUUCGUCGUCGUUGUCGCUGCAAUCGGUGACCGGAGGCAAAGAAAACAUUCCGUUAUCGAGAAAAGUGUCCGGCGGCGGCGGCGGUGGUGGUGGUGGUGGUGGUGGUGGUGGUGGUGGUGGUGCCUCCUCAGCAGCCACCGAGCUAGUUAUCGAUCUCUGCGCCGAAGAGGAGGGCUCGUCCAGGAGGACGCCGCCUCGAAAAAGCAACCCGACUGAACCCGAAGUGAUAGAUUUAUGCGAAGAGCUGCCCAUCAGACGAUCCGUUCCGUCGAUCGCGGCCACCUUACUGCCGAGAAAGCGAAAACUGGAUAUAUUGAGAGAAGGCGGUCUAGAAGUGACACCGGUAGCCUCGGCCGGCGGCGGCAGUGGCGGCGGCGGUGCCGGUGGCCCGAGUUCCCGGUCAUUAACGAUAUCGCGCAGACUUCCUCCGGCUUCGGUAGCGAUAUCGGCUAUCGCCAGCGGCGAAACGUCGCUCGAAGUUAUCGAUCCUAAGAGAAGUCAGAAAAAUAGAUCGAAUCGCGCCCCCAGUCAGAUACUCGAUCUGAGGACGAUGAGACACGCGCACGCGGCUGCUGCUGCCGGCGGCGGCGGUGGCGGCAGCGAAGACGAAAAUUCGCUCGUAAAGAAAUUCAGUCCGAAUUUAGGUCCGAAUAUCGAAAUAUCCUUAGUCGGUAACGACGCGCCGUCGUCGGCGUCGGCAGCCAGCAACGGCGGCGGCGGCGGCGGCGUUAAUAGCCUACGAAGGGACGAAAAGAAACGCAAAUCUAUACCGCUUCCUAUUCCCGCACUGCGUAAAAUCUCGACCGGCGAAUUAUCCGUUCAAAAUCUAGCCGCCAGCGAGGACAAUAACAUGUUCGAGCCGAAAAUCACGCUGACCAGUAGAAAAACUUCGUCGUCGGACGUGACGUUUACAAAAGCUCCUAGUAAAUCGUCGAGUCCGGCGGCGUCGGCCGCCGCCGCAGCAGCAGCAGCAGCAAGCGCUCAUAUGAAAGAUAAUCAAACGACAGCUUCGCGGUUACAGCACGUAAAUCCGUCUCUGUAUUUAGCGGCCUUUUAUAAUUCCAUGUAUCCCGAAUCGGAUUCCGAAACGUUUAUAUCCGCCCACGACGGUGCCGACUCCGCUAAUCCAUAUCAAAUACAGCUCACUCAACAGCAGAUCAGUUACGUUAAGGGCGCCUUUAUGCAUCAGCCUGGUCAGCAGCUCGAUAUAGAUACCGCCACCGAAGCGUUCGCUCAAAAGUUUACGAAUAUGCUGAAGAAUGGCUCCGUUUCCAUCGUGGAAAAUUACGAAAAAAUUUUGCCCGAUUGAGCGUCUCGUCGAGUGCGAGUACGAGUAUUCCAUUUUUAUUUAUUCUCACGGCUCGUACCUCCCUUCGUGUAAUGUGCGAGACGAGUCUACCGACGGACCUACCUACCUACCUACCUACCUGAUAUGUUCACGGAUCGCCGUUGAUUUUGUAUUUUCAAAUCGUUUUUGUUCUCAUUUUGUUUUGUUUUUCAAUAUCACGUAAUUAUUACGUACAAUGUUCCGAUAUGUAGAUCAUAUAAAUUAUUAUCGUGUAUUUGUAUAUGUAUAAUUUCGUAACACUGUAUCAUAAUUACGAUUUGUGAAUAUUUUUCAUUAUGCUUGUACGUAUUUGUAAUAAAUUCUAAGCAAUAUUUUGUUCAAAUUGGCCACGAUGAUAUGAAUUUGCGCUUUUUGGUUAUUUUGAUACUUCUACGUAGGUAAGGUAAAGGUACUAGGUAACUAGGUAGGUCUACAAUUACACGAACAAGUUGCAGGAUUAAAUUACUCGUAACUACACUUUUUUUAAAAAAAAAGUAUUCCAAGUAAUUUUUCGUUCUGUUUUAAAUUCUUCCUUUUUUGUUUUCGAAGACGUCUACGGAAAUUGUACGUACGAAUUGUAAUAUAGGUUUUUAUUUAUUAA